AUGAGGGAGGGGCCUCAUCUGACCAGGGAGCAGAGACUGCCUCUUACUACUCCUGUGAAUGAAGAGGAAAUUCUAAAUGCCCUUAAAGGAAUAGGUGACCUAAAGUCCCCAGGAAUUGAUGGUUAUGGAGCAAAAGUUUUCAAAGCCAGUUGGAACAUCAUUAGGGAAGAUACGAUUGCAGCAAUGCAUAAUUUUUUUAAUAAAGAGUACAUGCUAAAAGCUUUCAACAACACUGUAGUUACCCUUAUUCUCAAGUCAAAGGAAGCCAAAACUAUCAAGGAGUGCAGACCAAUAGCAGGAUGCACUACCUUAUACAAAGUUAUCUCAAAUAUUGUCACUACCAAACUUGGAAGAGUCCUUAGUAGUAUCACCAGUCAAUGCCAAGCUACCUUUAUUCCAGGCCAGAAGAUCCAUAACCACAUCACUUUGGCUUUUGAAUUACUAAAAGGUUAUACUAGAAAAGGUGGAACACCUAGAUGCAUGAUGCAACUAGAUUUACAAAAAAGCCUAUGA